AUGAAUAUUAAUAAUCUACAUGAAAAAAAUAAACUAACAGACGUAUUGGAUGAUUGGCAUAUCGAUCUGACUAUCUCCGUUGUUGCCACAUCUAUUCUACGUGGCUAUAGUAGAAUUAUUAAUUCUCCCCGUAUGUGUACAUAUCAUGGAAUUUUGGAGGAAUAUCCUCUUAUAUCUAUCGAUUCGUUUGAAACACAUAAUUAUACUAAACGACCAGAGUUCGGUAAAUAUGUUUCAAAAAUCAAUGCACCAAUAUAUAUGUCAGAAAUCUCCAAACAAUUGCUUAGCACCAUGGCACCGUAUCGACAUCUAGUCCCAUAUUUUAAGACCGUUCCAAUCGAUCAACCGUUUGCGUUAACAAUUCAAUCCAGCGAUCCAGUACAAGCAAAGAAAAAAGAGGGGGCAGCGAAUGACAGCUUGAAAAAUACAUUGUCUUCUCGUGCGCCUGAUGUUGGUGAAUCGAUUUUAGUCACAUGCUUCGGUUCAGGACAUUGUCCUGGUUCAAUGAUGGUCUGGAUUGAAGGUGAACAUGGCAAUGUGCUGUUUACUGGCGAUUUUCGGCUUUAUCGCGGACAAGCCAAACGUAUAACACAUCUUCACCGGCGACGAACUGAAGAUGAUAAAGAUAAAACACAUGUCUUCAAGCCAAUUGAUAAUUUGUACAUUGAUAUGACAUUUUUUCGGCCAGAUAUUUUACAUAUACCUACGCGGGAAGUCAGUUGUGAAGCAUUGAUUCUGUGGAUUAAAGGUUUAGUUGCUGAUAAAUCAAACACAGCAAAUAUCUAUUUUAAAACUAGUGCACGUGUUGGCUAUGAGCAAAUCUAUCGUGCGCUGUACGAUGGUCUUGGAAUGCGUAUUCAUGUUGAACAGGGACAAUAUGAUUUCUAUUCGUGUAUACCAAUUAUCCAAGAAUGUUUAACUACAGAUCCGAAUACCACACGAUUGCAUGCUUGUCGCACAUCUGCAUCGAAUUUCGCUCAGCCAUGUUCAUUUUUUCGUAAUUGUGAUAAACCUAUACGUGUGCUUUUAUCAAUUAUGUGGUUUACAGAUCAAAUUGCAGCUGGUGAAUUAUUAGUUGAGUACCAUAAGUAUCAUUCCAAUUUCGAACAAAGCGUUUCAACAUCGAACAAACGUUACUUCAUAGGCUUUCAAGAUUAUGGUGGUGAAGGCGUUGAUGUUUCCUAUUCAGAUAAAUAUUUAAGUUAUCGCCUAUGUUAUUCUCUUCAUUCAUCAUUUUCGGAAAUUGCUGAUGUAUUAAAAACAUUGAGACCGAAACGUGUCACACCUAUCUCAGCCCCACUUACAUCACAAAUAACAUCAAAGCGUCUUUUUCAAAUUAUUGACCAUUACAUUCAAGAUUCAAAUAAGUCAACAACGGCAACGAUAAAAAUCAAUGAAAAAAUCCAACGAAAACCUAUCAAUCAUCAGUUACAAAUCAAACAUCGAUACGAAUCAUUCCAAACGAAAGUCGAUAGGAAACGAAAGAAAAAAAUGAUGAAAGAACAACAGCAACGAAAAGACGAAGCAGAUGACGACGACCUAGAUUUAGAUAUCGACACCGAGGGUGACAAACUACUUCUACAACGAGUAAACUCAUUGAAAGAAACGAACAGAAAAGUAACCACAACUGAUUGUAAACAAACAAUACGAUCCGUGGCAUUGGAAAUACCAAAAAUUCAAGAUGAAAAGCUGAAAUUUGACAUUGAUUCACAAGUUCAAACAACAAUCGAAGUGAAACUUGAAGAUAAUCCAUCUUCAACACGUCAGAUAGCCUCUCCAAAACGAAUUCAAACUGAAGAUAGACCUACUUCAAUACGCUCGAACAAUAAAUUAGAUGCAAUUACUUCGACUCUUGAUUCGGCUAUUGAAUUGCCAUUAACACAUCGGGAACGUACAUUGUCAGAUACAUCGUCCACUACAGUUGAUUAUGAUUUUGAUAGAGAAACUUGUAAAGCACUUUGA